GUUCGCGGCGGGUCGCCGCAGUCACUCACCUGAGCGCCUCAGUCUGAGCGCGCACGGCUCGCGCGUCCUCCGCCCGCCCGCCUGGCCCGCCUGGCCCGCCUGGCCCGCGACUCAUGUCCCGCCGCAAGGCCGGCUGCAUGCCCCGCCGAGUAGACCCCGAGCCCGCCGCCAACACAGACGACGAGAUGGAGAUGUCGGACCUCGUCAUUGAGAUGAAGCCGGAGCCAGACGUGCGGCCCUUCCAGGACCCGGGGCUGGGGCCCUUCUCCCCGAAGGAAGUGCCCACGCCGGGGCCGCUCGAGGGCGAACCCCGCCAUUCCCCCGGCCCCGUGUCCGUCGGGAGUCCUCUCCACGCCCUCGGCGCGCGGCACCAGUGGGCGCUGUGGACGCCGCUGAUCCUCAGCCCUCGCGACCGCCAGCCCUGGACCGACAAACACCCAGAUCUGUUGACCUGCGGCCGCUGCCUGCAGACCUUUCCUUUGGAGGCCAUCACUGCUUUCAUGGACCACAAGAAGCUCGACUGUCAGCUUUCCAGAGGCCCCAGCCCCGGCCAGGGCUCAGAACGCAAGGACCCCCUGUCCCUGGGCUGCUUCCGCUGUGGGAGACAGUUCUCCGGGGCCUGGAAACUGCUGCGCCAUGCCCAGUGGGACCACGGGCUGUCCAUCUACCAGACGGAACCCGAGGCCCCAGAGGCCCCGCUGCUGGGCCUGGCAGAGGUGGCUGCCGCCGUGGCGGCCGUGGUGGAACCAGAAGCUGAGGCCCGGGGCCCUCGGGCGAGCGUCGGCCCCCGGCGGAGCCCCACCUGCCAGGUAUGCGCCAAGACCCUCAGCUCCUUCAGCAAUCUCAAAGUGCACAUGCGCUCACACACGGGCGAGCGGCCCUACGCCUGUGACCAGUGUCCCUAUACCUGCACCCAGAGCAGCAAGCUCAACCGCCACAAGAAGACCCACCGGCAGCCCCAGCCCCAGAGCCCCUUCAAGGCCCCGGCCAGUCUGGAACAGCCCCCAGCCACCGCCCCUCCCGAGCCAGCGGUCCACGCCGCGGCCCCGGCCAGCAGCCUCCCAUGCAGCAGCAGCAGCGAGGGCGCCGGAGCGGCGGCCACUGCGGGCGUCCAGGAACCCGGGGCUCCCGGCGGCGGGGCGCAGGUGGGCCCUGGCGGGGCCAGCUGGGAGGCCACCACCAAGGAACAGAGAACUGAACCUGCAAAGAGCCAGAUUUCCCCCAAGAAGAUGCCGAAGCCGGCUGCCAAGAGCCGCGGGCCCGGCGGCAGCUGCGAGUUCUGCGGGAAGCGCUUCAGCAACAGCAGCAACCUGACGGUGCACCGGCGCUCGCACACGGGCGAGCGGCCCUAUGCCUGCGAGCUGUGCCCCUACGCCUGCGCGCAGAGCAGCAAGCUCAACCGCCACCGCCGCAUGCACGGCCUGGGGCCGGGCAGCACCCGCUUCGAGUGUCCCCGCUGCUGUGUGCCCUUCGGCCUGCGAGCCACCCUGGACAAACACCUGCGGCAGAAGCACCCCGAGGUGGCCGGGGAUGCCUGAGGCGCGGGGACGCCCCGGCCGCAGCCCCUGGUUCCGCAGUGGCUGCUUCUGUCGACCUUGUCCUUGCCGUGCUGAGUAAACCCUCCUGCCUUGAGCA